CCUCCCUCCCUGGUCCCUCCCUUCUCCCCGCCCCCGCCGGCACUGCGGAGCCGGAGACGUGACCCGAGCGGAGCCAGCCUCGGCCUUUUCCUCCGCUGCUCCAGCCUCUCGCCGGGGAGUCGCAUGUCAUCUAUCCAGAACCUCCAAUCCUUCGACCCCUUUGCUGAUGCAACAAAGGGUGACGACUUACUCCCGGCGGGGACUGAGGAUUACAUUCAUAUAAGGAUCCAGCAACGAAACGGAAGGAAGACACUAACAACUGUUCAGGGAAUUGCAGAUGAUUAUGACAAGAAGAAGCUUGUGAAAGCUUUCAAAAAGAAAUUCGCUUGCAAUGGUACCGUGAUUGAACAUCCUGAGUACGGCGAAGUCAUCCAGCUUCAAGGUGACCAGAGGAAGAACAUUUGCCAGUUCCUCUUGGAGAUCGGCAUCGUGAAGGAGGAGCAGCUGAAAGUCCAUGGCUUCUGAAUUACCUGUACGCUCGUGAAGACCUCUGCUGCUUUUGGUCAUACCUAGCCUGGCUCCUCUGUGAAAAAUGAGUCUUUGCAGUGAAUGGACUUCCCUCUUACCACAACAUUCAGAAUUUGCUUUGGGUUCGCAUGAGUGCGUGAAACAGGUGGUGUGUAGGCUAGAAACACAUAAGAAAACUUCAGUAAGGUGGUAAUGAAGGCAUCUGUGAACUUUAACACAUUUCCAAUGGAAAUGUUCUAGUGAUGAUUGUUCAGUACUCUCCACCUGACUGAAAUGUGUGGGUUGUAUUAAAGUAGUGUUUGUUGUUGCUUAAAAAUAAAAGUUUCUUCAUCUGUUUCCUGGGAUAUGUGAACUGUUUCAGCUGAAGUUCGAAGCUAGCACGGCAGCCUCUGUAAAGGAUGGCUGCAUUGUUUUGUGGCAAGGUUAGCUUACUGCUGAUUGAAUAAAUGGGGAAAUCAAUAAGGUGAACUGUUAGCUAAUUAAUCAGUAGAUUAGCUUGCUGUGAUCUUAUCCUGUAUCCAUAAGACUAGAGCUUUAAAGUCUUCUGUGUGGGUGUACCUUAGUAGCAGCAUGCUAAGAGACUGCACUGAGUAAGGAAGUGAUUUUCUCUCAGAUUCGCUGCAGUGACUACAAAGUGUUGGUGUUUAGCAUAGCAGGACUCAAAGCUGAAUUCCUUACAGAUGCUCUUCCUAAGAACAUACCAAACACCUAGGUCUUACAUAGUGCUCCCAAAAUCUUUGAAGAAAGUGUAUGGCAUUUUUUAUGUCCUCUGUCACUGAGAGAAGGUGCAAGACAUUGAGUUGGAUUCUGCCCUGACUGCUUUUCAUGUUGGCAAGCAGAGUGCUUUAAUCAGCUGGCAGUAUUGGCUGCAGAAGUGAGGCAGGGGACAGGCUUUACAUUUUGGUUGUUUUCCUGUUGUGCUGUGAUUAACAGUUAAUGUAGUGUGUGAGUAUUACAACAGAAAGCUGAUUUAGUCUGCUUUGCUAGCAGGCAAUUCAUUCAGCGUUACCUGACGUUCUGAUGGGUUUGUUCUGCCAUGCUUUUCGUCUUGUUUUAAUUAGCUGUAGGCAUUUGGUGUCCUGCUUUUACAGAAUGAAAUGACUGCAUUUGGUGAAACCUGUAGAUCUUACCUUCCUCGUGA